CUCUGUGAGAUACGCUGGAUUCUGAUAGGAUAAUUGUUUUGACAGGUCUUCUGUAGCAACAUGGCGGCUGUGAGAAGUGUGAAGGGUCUGGUUGGCCUUGUUACUGGAGGAGCCUCAGGGCUUGGUCGCGCUACUGCGGAACGGUUGGUGCGUCAAGGUGCUAGUGCUGUGAUUCUAGACUUGCCCAAGUCUGAGGGAAGCAGUGUGGCUCAGUCACUUGGCGAGCAAUGUGCAUUUUCUCCCACUGAUGUGACGUCUGAGGCUGAUGUGAAGAAUGCUCUGGAACUGGCUCGAUCAAAAUUUGGACGUGUGGAUAUUGUGGUGAACUGCGCAGGGAUUGCUGUUGCUGUAAAAACGUACAACAUAAACAAACAACUGCCUCACAGUCUAGAAGAUUUCCAGAGAGUUAUCAAUGUGAAUAUCGCUGGGACAUUUAAUGUUAUCCGUCUUGCAGCUGGUGAAAUGGCAAAGAAUGAGCCAGAUCAGGAUGGACUCAGAGGAGUGAUAGUUAACACAGCCAGUGUUGCUGCAUUUGAUGGUCAGGUGGGACAGGCAGCCUAUUCAGCCUCCAAGGGAGGGAUUGUAGGAAUGACACUUCCCAUUGCUAGGGAUCUUGCCCCACUGGGGAUCAGAGUGGUAACCAUUGCUCCAGGCUUAUUUGCGACCCCUCUUCUCCUUGGUCUUCCUGAGAAGGUGAGAACAUUCCUGGCCAAACAAGUACCUUUCCCCAGUCGUCUUGGUGAUCCAGGCGAGUAUGCACAUUUAGUUCAGUCCAUUGUUGAAAAUCCCAUGUUAAAUGGUGAAGUUAUUCGGUUGGAUGGAGCUCUCCGUAUGCAACCUUAAAGGAAUGGAAGAAACUCUAUCACCUUCAACUAAAUUAGAGACCCCAUGCAAUGCCGUCCAUGUUGCUUGUCACAUGGGAAAUGAAGUUGGCAAUAUGGGGUGCUUUCCAGCUCAUGCCUGGUCUAAUGAGGUAACUUAGUGUGCCUUAAUUAGCCAUUCACUUUUGCACUGCCAUUCAAAGACUAUUCUCUGUCCCUAGGUAUACACUGAUGGCAUGGAACUGAAGAUUUUAAUGAUAAAUCAAUAAAUUUUGCCACUUAGGAAAAGUAAAAUAUUGAAAAGCUUUUGAUAAAAAUAUGAGGUGGCAUGUUUUCAACUGUAAUUCAUAUGUUGGUUCAAUAAAAUCAACUAAAAAAAAACAAAACA